CUGUAGUCGACGACCCGCAGGGUAAUGCAUAUGGCAGGAGUUUGUUGCAAGAGCGCUACGCCCUUCUCCGUGUUCAAGCGCACGCUCUCCGUGCGAAACUCGACUUCUGCCCCGCGCCCUGCACGAGCCAUGGGCAGAAAGGGCAUUCAGGAAGGCUGGUUAGUCGCUCGUUCGAACCAGUUCAGGUCCGUUGGGCCUCAUCGAUGUCCCGCGUGUUUCUUCUUUUCUUGCCAGGAAUCCAUGAGCGAGAGUUUACGCACGUGCUACGCUUUCCUGAACCAAACGAGCAGAAGUUUCGCGGCGGUUAUUCAGGCGCUGGACGGGGAGCUGCGUCAUGCCGUUUGUAUAUUCUACCUGGUUCUGCGGGCGCUGGACACGGUUGAGGAUGACAUGACAAUUCCUCUGGUGAAGAAGGUUCCACUACUGCAUGAAUUCCACACCUUCCUCUACCAGCCUGACUGGUGCUUCACAGAGAGCAAGGAAAAAGACAGACAAGUGCUUGAGGACUUCCCCACGAUUUCAGUGGAAUUCAGGAACCUCGGUCAGGAAUACCGUGAUGUGAUUUCAGACAUUUGCCAUCGGAUGGGAGUUGGAAUGGCAGAGUUCCUUGAGAAGAAAGUUGGCUCAAUGCAGGAGUGGGAUAAGUACUGUCAUUAUGUGGCUGGACUGGUGGGCAUGGGUUUGUCCCGGCUCUUCUCCGCAUCCCAACUGGAGGACCCCGAGGUGGGCCGUGACACGGAGCUGGCCAACUCCAUGGGCCUGUUCCUCCAGAAGACCAACAUCAUCCGCGAUUACCUGGAGGACCAGCAGGAUGGGAGGGCCUUCUGGCCAGAGGAGGCAUGGAGUCAGUUUGCUUCUCAUCUAGAAGACUUCUCCCAGCCACAGCACUUGAGCUCAGCUCUUGCCUGCCUGAACCUGCUGGUGACUGAUGCCCUCCGCCACGUCCCUGACGUCAUCACCUACCUGUCCCGACUCCGCAACCAGAGUGUCUUCAGCUUCUGCGCCAUCCCACAAGUGAUGGCGAUAGCAACUCUCUCUGCCUGCUACAACAACCCACAAGUGUUUGAGGGUGUGGUGAAAAUCAGGAAGGGGCAGGCAGUUACACUGAUGAUGGAGGCCACCAACAUGCAAGCUGUACAGGGCAUCAUCAUCCAGUACAGCCAAGAGAUUCGGCAGAAGGUCUCGCCGUCUGAUCCGUCGCGGGACAAGACGCUGCACAUCUUGGGCCUGAUUCAGGAGAAGGCGCUCUCCAAGGUGGUGUUGACCACCCGUGCUCACCACCUCUCCCCCAUCUACUUAUCAGCUGACCUAGCCCUCCAUCCUGGCCCCUUUAACUUGGCCCCAAGCAGGGUGUGGAGACACAUAGAACACCCCCACUCCCCUGCCCUCCUGACCUGUUCCUGUGGGAUGACCAGUCAACACUUUUUACCAUCAUACACUGCUGGCCAUGUUUUAAAACCAUUCUUGUUCUUUACUGAAAGUGGCAAUUUUCUCUUUGGAUCUCCACUGUUUGCAUGGAGCGCAAGUUCUCCCUAUAGUGUAGUCUUCUAUAUAAGAAGCAUAUAUACCAGGAAAAAGAUUGUGUUCUUGUUUAAAAAGUAAUCAUAGGUUUCCUUUUUAAAUGUCAAAGUUCAGUAGUUGUGAACCAUAAAAUGGUUCCCUCAUGUAAGCAGGGUAGGGCAUGCAUGAAGCACCUUCGUAUGGCCAUUAUGGAAGUUGAAAAAAGGGGCAUAGGUAAACUGUCAGACAUUGACGUUAAAGCUUUGUGCCAUAUUCUAACCCUAGUUUAAAGCAGAUUCCUAGAUGGCAUAUUGGGCUCUGGUUGUAGGCAGUGUACUUUUACACAGUGCAGUUUGACCCAUAUAGAGUGGGCAAAGGUGGAUGUGUAGCCACUACAAGCAAAGGACAUUCACUUAUAUUAGAUAUUAUAUGUCUUACUGCAGGGCUUGAUUAUGUAGAAAGCCACAUGAAUUACACAACCAAAGGUGAAAUAAAAUUAACAUUGCUAUGUAAUGUGGGACAUUUGUGUAUAUACAGGAAGAAUAAAAUAAAAGUAAAAUCUGUGUCGGUGAUUUAUUUGGCAGAGUAGUCUGACUGUGGACUGUUUUUUGGUUGGAGUUUUU